GUGGACCCGCGCUACGGCCUCCGGCCCGAGUACGUCGAGUCGCUCUUCGUGCUCUACCGCGUCACGGGCGACGACGUCUACCGGCGCCGCGGCUGGGCCUUCUUCGAGGCGCUCGUCGCGCGGUGCCGCGUGCCCGGCGGCGGCUUCGCGGGGCUAAACGACGUCUCCGCGGAGCGCGGCGGCCGCGACGACGACAUGCCGUCCUUCUUCCUCGCGGAGACGCUCAAGUACCUCUACCUGCUCUUCUCGGACCGGGACUACUACCCGCUCGAGGACUGGGUCUUCACGACGGAGGCCCACCUCAUC